UACAUAUUGCAUAGUGUAGUAUAGUUACGGCAUGUGAUGUGUAGUGAACUGAGAAAGCGUAGAAAAAAACAGGGAUUGGGCGUGUAUAUAGAUGUAGUUUAUAUGUUUUAUUAAUUAUAAACUGCUCGGCAAAACUCAAACCAUGGUGAAGGAGCAGUUUAGGGAAACAGAUGUGGCUAAAAAAAUAAGCCACAUCUGUUUCGGGAUGAAGUCCGCAGAGGAGAUGCGGCAGCAGGCGCACAUCCAGGUGGUCAGUAAGAACCUGUACAGCCAGGACACCAGCCACACGCCGCUGCUGUACGGUGUGCUGGAUCACCGCAUGGGCACGAGUGAAAAAGAUCGGCCUUGUGAAACCUGUGGGAAGAAUCUUGCUGACUGCUUAGGACAUUAUGGAUACAUUGACCUCGAGCUGCCCUGCUUCCAUAUUGGAUAUUUUAAAGCAAUUAUUGGGGUCCUUCAGAUGAUCUGCAAAACAUGUUCCCAUAUCAUGCUUUCUAAAGAGGAACGGAAGCAGUUUCUGGACGUCCUGAAAAGACCUGGUCUGCCCUACCUACAGAAAAGAGGACUAAAAAAGAAGAUUUCAGAGAAAUGCCGCAAAAGAUCAGUCUGUUUGAACUGUUCAGCUUUUAAUGGGCCAGUAAAAAAGUGUGGCUUGCUGAAGAUUAUCCAUGAAAAGUACAAGACUACUAAGAAAGUGGUGGAUCCAGUCGUCUCGGAAUUUCUCCAGUCAUUUGACAUUGCAAUAGAACAUAAUAAAGAAGUAGAGGCUCUGCUGGCUAGGGCCCAGGAAAACCUGAAUCCUCUGGUGGUGCUAAACCUUUUAAAGAGAAUCCCCUCGGAAGACGUCCCUCUGCUGCUGAUGAACCCGGAGGCCGGGAAGCCUGCGGACAUGAUCCUGACCCGCCUGCUUGUCCCGCCUCUGUGCAUCAGGCCCUCAGUCGUCAGCGACCUGAAGUCGGGCACCAACGAGGACGACCUGACCAUGAAGCUGACGGAGAUAAUUUUUCUCAACGACGUCAUUAAAAAGCAUCGCAUGUCAGGAGCGAAGACUCAGAUGAUCAUGGAGGACUGGGACUUCCUGCAGCUGCAGUGUGCUCUGUACAUCAACAGCGAGCUGUCGGGCAUCCCGCUCAACAUGGCGCCCAAAAAAUGGACUAGAGGCUUUGUGCAGAGGCUCAAGGGAAAGCAAGGGCGAUUUAGAGGAAAUUUGUCUGGUAAGAGAGUGGAUUUCUCUGGACGAACGGUCAUUUCUCCCGAUCCAAAUCUUCGUAUUGACGAAGUUGCUGUGCCUGUUCAUGUUGCCAAGAUACUCACUUACCCAGAGAAGGUGAACAAAGCCAACAUUGACAUGCUGAGAAAACUUGUUCGAAAUGGGCCUGAUGUUCAUCCAGGAGCUAACUUUAUUCAACAGCGCCACACCAACAUGAAAAGGUUUCUGAAGUAUGGUAACCGUGAGAAGAUAGCCCAGGAGCUCAAGUAUGGAGACACUGUGGAGCGACACAUGAUAGACGGAGACAUUGUGCUAUUCAACAGGCAGCCUUCCCUGCACAAGCUCAGCAUCAUGGCCCAUAUUGCAAGAGUGAAGCCUCACAGAACGUUCCGGUUUAACGAGUGUGUGUGCACGCCGUACAACGCCGACUUUGAUGGAGAUGAGAUGAAUCUUCAUCUUCCUCAGACUGAGGAAGCCAAGGCAGAAGCUCUUGUCCUCAUGGGGACAAAAGCCAACCUUGUGACUCCAAGAAAUGGAGAACCUCUCAUUGCUGCUAUCCAGGACUUUCUGACAGGCGCUUACCUCCUCACCCUGAAAGACACUUUCUUUGAUAGAUCAAAAGCCUGCCAGAUAGUUGCUUCUGUCCUUGUUGGGAAGGAUGAAAAGAUAAAGGUUUGCCUACCCCCCCCUGCAAUCUUAAAGCCCAUAACUCUCUGGACUGGGAAGCAGAUCUUCAGCCUUAUUCUGAAGCCUGGGAAGAGCUGUCCUGUGAAGGCUAAUCUGCGGACCAAGGGCAAGCAAUACUGUGGCCGAGGGGAGGAUCUCUGUCCCAAUGACUCCUUUGUGGUGAUUCAGAACAGCGAGCUGAUGUGUGGCAGCAUGGACAAGGGCACUCUGGGCUCGGGAUCGAAGAACAAUAUCUUUUACAUCCUUCUGAGGGACUGGGGACAGAUGGAAGCAGCCAACGCCAUGUCCCGGCUGGCCAGACUCGCUCCUGUCUAUCUGUCAAACCGUGGGUUCUCUAUUGGUAUUGGCGAUGUGACCCCUGGCCAGGGCCUUCUCAAAGCUAAGCACGAACUCCUGGAAGCGGGUUACAAGAAGUGCGAUGAGUACAUCGAAGCUCUCAACACGGGCAAGCUGCAGCAGCAGCCUGGCUGCACAGCCGAGGAGACGCUGGAGGCCCUUAUCCUGAAGGAGCUGUCAGUGAUCAGAGACCACGCUGGCAGUGCCUGCCUGAGGGAACUGGACAAAAGCAACAGCCCUCUUAUUAUGGCUCUGUGUGGAUCAAAAGGGUCUUUCAUCAACAUCUCCCAGAUGAUUGCCUGUGUGGGGCAGCAGGCCAUCAGUGGGUCCCGGGUCCCAGAUGGAUUUGAGAACAGGUCCCUGCCUCACUUUGAAAAGCACUCUAAACUCCCGGCUGCGAAGGGUUUUGUGGCCGACAGUUUCUACUCGGGCCUGACGCCGACCGAGUUCUUCUUCCACACCAUGGCUGGCCGCGAGGGCCUGGUGGACACCGCUGUCAAGACUGCCGAGACCGGGUACAUGCAGAGGCGUCUAGUGAAAUCGCUGGAGGAUCUCUGUUCUCAGUAUGACCUCACCGUGCGGAGCUCCACAGGCGACAUCAUUCAGUUUAUUUACGGGGGUGACGGACUGGAUCCGGCUGCAAUGGAGGGCAAAGACGAGCCUUUGGAGUUCAAGAGGGUGCUGGAUAACAUCAGAGCUGUAUAUAACUGUCCAGAUCAACCAGCCCUCAGCAAGAAUGAACUGGUUUUAACUGCAGAGUCUAUUAUGAAGAGGAGUGAUUUUGCAUGCUGUCAGGACAGCUACCUGGAGGAAAUCAAAAAGUUCAUCAAGAACAUGUCAGAAAAAAUCAAGAAAACCAGGGACAAGUAUGGCAUCAACGACAACGGUACAACGGAGCCAAAAGUUCUGUACCAGCUAGACCGGAUCACACCAACCCAACUGGAGAAGUUCUUGGAGACAUGCAGAGACAAGUACAUGAGGGCCCAGAUGGAGCCAGGAUCAGCAGUGGGAGCACUGUGUGCCCAGAGCAUCGGAGAGCCCGGCACGCAGAUGACCCUGAAGACCUUCCACUUCGCCGGGGUUGCCUCCAUGAACAUCACUCUGGGGGUUCCCCGGAUCAAGGAGAUCAUCAACGCCUCCAAAAACAUCAGUACCCCCAUUAUAACGGCGCACUUGGACAUUGAUGACGAUGCUGACUUUGCACGCCUCGUGAAGGGAAGGAUUGAGAAAACCCUUCUUGGAGAGAUUUCAGAAUACAUUGAAGAAGUCUUUCUUCCUGAUGACUGCUUUAUUCUUGUUAAGCUCUCUCUGGAAAGAAUCAGGCUUCUUAGAUUAGAGGUCAAUGCUGAAACCGUGAGAUACUCUAUCUGCAUGUCCAAGCUGAGAGUGAAGCCUGGAGACAUUGCUGUCCAUGGAGAGGCUGUUGUCUGUGUGUCACCUAGGGAAAACAGCAAGAGCUCCAUGUAUUAUGUUUUGCAGUCCUUGAAAGAAGAGUUACCAAAGAUUGUGGUCCAGGGUAUUCCUGAGGUCUCCAGGGCAGUCAUUCAUAUUGACGAGCAGAGUGGGAAGGAGAAGUACAAGCUUCUGGUGGAAGGUGACAACCUGCGUGCUGUCAUGGCAACACAUGGCGUUAAAGGGACUAGAACAACUUCUAACAACACCUAUGAGGUUGAGAAAACAUUGGGCAUUGAAGCAGCAAGGUCAACAAUCAUCAAUGAGAUUCAGUACACCAUGGUGAACCAUGGGAUGAGCAUCGACAGGAGACAUGUGAUGCUGCUUGCAGACCUCAUGUCUUACAAGGGUGAAAUCUUAGGAAUCACGCGCUUUGGUCUGGCCAAAAUGAAGGAGAGUGUUUUGAUGUUGGCAUCCUUUGAAAAGACUGCAGAUCACCUUUUUGAUGCUGCAUACUUUGGACAAAAGGACUCCGUAUGUGGUGUAUCAGAAUGUAUUAUCAUGGGAAUCCCAAUGAACAUUGGAACAGGACUUUUCAAACUUCUGCACAAAGCUGAGAAGGACUCAAGUCCACCUAGGAGACCCCUGCUUUUCGAUAACAGUGAAUUCCACAUUCCCAUCAUAACGUAGCAGCACUGACAUGGAUUGUGUCAGAUCUGUCUUGCUGAUGGCCUGAAACUGUUCCUCAAUCCUGGCAGUGAGAACAAUAUCCAGAAAUAAUGCCAAACCUUCAUACUUGAAAAAUGUGGGUGGGAGCGGAUUAUCUUUGAAAGAAGAUCACUUUUCAUGAGAACCUCAUGAGUGCCAAUUUUAUGUUGCUAGGAUUUAACCAUAGUGAUUGAGCUGUCACUAAAUACUGCUUUUCGUUUCAUAUAUCAGUGGCUGUUUCUGUCUACCACAUAAGGAAAAUGAAUUGUUUACAGUAGGUUGUUUUUCUUCAAGAAAAAACAUCAGCUUUCUCAGGUCUGUCACUGUCUCGUAAAGAAUGAACCAUUGGCAACAAUUCAAAUUAGGAGUUAAGUAAAUAUAAUUGUUUCUUUAAAAUAAAGAACACAGAAAUCCUGGUAGACAGAAGAGUUUAAAAUAAUUUUUGGAUUAAGUUUAAUGAAUAAAAAUUCAUUUACGUUAGAUUUCGUUUAUGAGAAUUCUACCAAUGUCUGAACGAGCAGGUGUUCACAUUUGGUAAAAGCCUGUGUAAUGAUGUGACUGUUUUUUUUUUUGCACACUUUCUUUUCAGAAAGUAACAAGACAAUUGAAGAAGUCAGCUGGUUGUAUAAUCAGGACUUCAGUGUCUGUUUUGAUUCCCACUGUCCAGGUUACUUAGUAUUAGCUUGAUCUGCCAAGACACAGACAUGUCUUCCCAUGGUUCCCGGAUAGAAUCCGCUCUCUUCAUUCUUUUCUUCUCUUUCCCAUCUUGGACAUUCACUACUCUUUUCUGGAUAAGAGUUAUCUGUGUCCAUCUCAUCUACAACAUCCUAAACACAUUGGAUUUGCUGUGCUCGGUUCUUUUAGUUUGCUCUUGUUUUCACAAUGUUAGAACAAAUGAAUAUAAUGAAGUACGAAGAUGUGAAAUAUUGGCACUCUGUGUGCAGUUGACGAGCUUUAAUGAAAUCAAGAAUUUUUGUUUCUUUAUGUCACAAACUAAGAUGACAAAAAUAAUGCUAGGCAACCCGCUGAGUCUGCCAAAUACCUGUAGUUUACUGUAUAUAUUUUCCAGUGUAUUGGUUGUGAAUAAAAUUAUCUAAAGUGUGUGCCUUUAAUUAAUGAAGUCUGUGAAGUGAUAUAUAAAUGCUUAUGUUAUA